ACGUUACCGGAUCGCUACCCAAUUCCUCAUUUACAUGAUUUUUCUCUCACUUUACAUGGCAAGCAAAUUUUUUCUAAAAUCGAUCUUGUGCGAGCGUAUCACCAGAUUCCAGUAGCAUCCGAGGACAUUGCAAAAACAGCCAUCAUUGCCCCAUUUGGUUUGUUUGAAUUCCUAAGAAUGCCUUUUGGAUUAAAGAACGCCGCACAAACAUUUCAACGAUUUAUGGAUGAGGUCACUAAAGGCCUAGAUUUUGUUUUCGUGUAUAUUGACGAUGUAUUAAUAGCUAGCAGUUCGCUCCAUGAACACAUUGAUCACCUACAUCAAUUAUUCGAAAGAUUUCACAAAUAUGGCAUAGUGAUUAACCCAUCCAAAUGUAUUUUUGGAGUUGAGAGCUUAGAGUUUUUAGGUCACUUGAUCGACAAACGUGGAAUUAAACCUUUAGAUACAAAAAUAGAAGCCAUCAAGAAUUUUCCAGAACCAGACUCAUGGAAUAAACUUCGACGUUUCUUGGGGAUGAUCAAUUUUUAUCGUCGUUUUAUUCCACAUUGCUCAGCCAUUCUACAACCUUUGACGGAGGUGUUAAAAGGUAAAGUCAAAAAGUUCACAUUACCCUCCGAAGCGAAAGAUGCCUUUUCUGCAGCUAAAACAGCAAUCGCUUCUACUACCAUGCUGACCUACUUAAGCCCUGGUCCAGAAGCAACACUGAUCCUGUGUACAGACGCAUCCCAGGCAGCAGUAGGUGCGGUACUACAACAGCGGGUUAAUAAUGAGGUCAAACCACUUGCCUUCUUUUCAAAGAAGCUAGAACCAACCCAGACUCGAUAUAGCACUUUUGGUAGAGAAUUAUUGGCUAUUUAUCUAGCUGUUAAACAUUUUAACCACUUACUGCAAGGCAGAGACUUUGUGAUACUUACUGAUCACAAACCUUUAACCUAUGCCUUUAACGCGAAAAGUGACCGUUAUUCCCCUAGAGAAAUGCGACAAUUGGAUUAUAUUUCCCAAUUUUCGACCAAUAUACAGUUUAUAAAAGGUGAGUCAAAUGUUGUUGCGGAUACUUUGUCACGUUUCAAUGUCGAUGCAAUUUCCUUCACCAAGGGAAUCGAUUUAUCAGACAUGGCACGUUUGCAGACAGAUGAUCCUGACCUUGAUGUUUGUAAACAAAGUUCGAGCUUGUCCUUAAAAAGUGUUCCUAUACCGCAUUCUGACUCUACUAUCAUUUGUGAUACUUCUACUGGAACUCACAGACCUUUUGUGCCAAUAGUGUACAGAAAAAGAGUUUUUGAUUGUCUUCACUCACUAUCCCAUCCAGGGAUUCGUGCUACUGUGAAACACAUGAUAGCCGAAAGCCGUCCAAAGACAGUGACAAUCACACAACGCAGCUUCCAGUGUUUCCAAAUGAUUCUUCAUCAACUUCUACGAAGUCAAUAUUUCGUAAAACAAAUGGUUCUAAGGUUACAGUUCCCACAAAUUUAAAUCCUAGUUCCGACACUUUACCUUCUACGAAAACAACUCGUUCAGGAAGACAUGUACAUUUUCCUAAACGUUAUGUUGAAUUAAUUACUUAAUCUUUAUUCUGUCAUUACCUGUAGUGUGAUUGAAUAUCCAUAUUAGCAGAGUUACUAAUAACAUUUUUUUUAUGCAAGCAUUUUUUUUUCUAAAAAAAUUUUUUCUUGUGUACUACUAACAUUAAUAAAUUCAUUAUGUUUUUCUCUACAUGUGUUUGCGUUUCAUAUGAUGUUUAUUAUUAAUAGUGCAAAUAUAUCCAAUUUCGUUGGACUUGUUCAGUUUAUCACUAAUUGUUUGCAC